UUUUGGGUGGUAAAUGCGCACACUAAAAGACGAUUGUAAUUUAGUUAGAGUCUACAAAAUCUUUAUACAAAUCGCUCCAUUAAAGUCUUGAACUGGGUGUAAGAAAAGUGCGAAUACUUAAAAGGAAUUCCUGGACAAAUGUGCGCUGUUUGGGGAUUCACAACGUGUUUUAAUAUAAAUGACUUUUUGUGGAUAUUUGACUUGUACUUGUAAAAAUAAAUUGAUGCGGCGUAUACGUGAACUAUUAUCGGUUAAUAUUUGCGUUGUAUGGAAAAGAAACCGUUUUCAGUUAAUAUAGUAAAUACAACGACUUUAUGUUAGUGUGAGAAUGAACUCUUUUAAACCAAGUACUGGAUUUGGACUCAGUGUAUUAUUGUUUGAAACGUGUACCUGUAUGCAGAGCUGCAAAUGAAUUAUAAAUAACGCAUCAGUGCAGUAACUUAAUACUAUAUGGAAUAUUAAUAUUUAUGAAAUUGUAAACAUGUACAACACGAUAAGAGACACUUAUUUGUGCCUCUUCGUUGUGGAAAAACUUUAUCCAUUUCUUAAUACCAGCCUAAUGAACGAAAAACUUUGACGUAAAACAAAUCUUGCUUUUGGUCUAAGACACUAUCUGUGUUUUAUCUUACUGAGAUCAGCGUGUCUAUUAAAAUAUUUGCAUAUAACAGCACACAGAUGUGUCGAUACGUACCUAAAUGACACCGAAUUCACCGGCAGUUGGAUUUAUAAAAUAUUGGACAUUGUUAAGCAAGACAGGAGUUCUUCGACAAUAAACCUAUUGAAGUUCAAAAUUAGUUUAGAUUGCUGAAAUGUCUAAUAAAGGAUAAAAUUUAAGUCCUAUUGUAAGUUAUAAAAAUAUUACGUGUACAUCUGUGCUGGUCGUUUUAUAUAAGGGAGAAGUUUGACCAAGAUGAAUUAAAAACAUAUUAAACUUACGUAAGACUGAAGAAGUUACUUCCGUUUCAAAUAUACACCAUGGGUUAUUCUCAAACACAAUAAAAUUAUCAUAGACGAAUUAAAGUUCCAAGACUACUCGCGGAUGGAUUUAAAUAGGAAUGUAACUAAGUUUUAGCAGUAUAUUCCCCAUACGCGAACAUGUUUGCAGGAGUGGUGACUGGAGACAUUCAAAGUCUUUUAGAGACGACAAACAAUCUGUCCCGGGUCACAACACGACAACAGAGCGAGGAUUCCAUCAACAAGCAGCUGGCAGCGUUCGAACGUCUGCUACAGCAUUCUAUGUCACGAUUCUCCAAUGAAAGGCUGUAUCAUCUAUUACGUCAAGUCACGCGAUGGGCUGACGCAAAAGAAAAUGUAGAUAAAAGUAAAAAUACUACGAAAGCUGCUUUUAAAUUGAGAUCGGUACACCAACUGAAGGAGAUUGUUGGUACCAUGAAAAAAGAAAAUAAGUCAGCACUGAAUCAUUCAGAGGAGAAUAUUUUCAAAACGUUUGAACUGUUUGUCAACGAUCUCCUCUAUAUAAAGGACAUGAAGAAAUAUUUUGAUGAUGAAAUUUUCAGAUCUCUUAUGCGCUAUCACUUUGAUGCUUCAAAGACAGAACCAUUUGAUGAUAAUGAAAAAGCGUCUCCGAAACCUGAAGACACGGAUAGUGGAAAUGGCUCAAUGGUUGAUACGGACAGAUCUACCGGUAGAAAUUCUAUGACAAUUCGCGGUAAGAAGCCACAACUAAAAAUAAAAUCUUCAUCAAGUGGUAAAAAUGCUGCGGAGAGUUCUAAGGACAAGUACAAGGCUACCGUUGAUGAGUUAAAAUCGAUUCUACAUAAGUGGGAGGGCUUACUGACAGAGCACGAUCUUGAUCUGAAUGUUUUCGAUCCUGACAGUUAUCACGAACUGAUGCAGUUCAGUUAUUACUUGCCGUUUGAACCUAUUUUGAGGCUAGUCCCGGACAUGUUUGCUAAGUGCUAUAAAUGCAUCGAACUUGCAAAAACGUGGUUAAAACUAUCUAAUGUCGUACUCAAGGACGUUCCUUUGGACGCAGCCGAAUUAGAACGUAGUAUUGAAGAAGAACAAGAUGUGACACCAGAUGGUUGGAAUGACGAUGUUAACACAGAUUCUGCAAAGACAGAAGAAGAGUUUUGGGAAGAAGUUAAGAGAGUACAAGGUCAGAUUGAAUCAGUGACUAAAUCUAUAACUGAUGACGAGGAUCUUUUGGAAAAGUACAAUGAAGAAAUGGACGUGUUGUCUGGGAGGGAAGAACGGUUUUCCUCGGUGACAUCUCAAGUUGAAAAGAUUGACUCGCUAAUCACGCUCGCGGCUGGGGAGUACCAAAAGGCAAAGAUUGAACAAAAUGCGAUGGCAAAUAAAAUGAAGAAUGUUCAAAAAGGAAGUUCGACGUAUUCGGAGAUGAAAUCGAAGCUUCGUCGGCUUGAUAGUACGGUAGCGGAAAAUCACUGGAAAGUGAAGCGCUUGGAAUUUGAAAGAACUUUGGUCAGGGAAGAUUUCGUUGUCGAGCUGGAUGUACGACCUAGUUUUAUACUUUUUAUGGGAGACACAAAAGAGAAAAUAACUGAUCUGAAGAGAUUUUUGGAAGUGAAGCGCGAAGAGAAAAUUAAGCUGGAAAAGCAGCUCGCCCUUAUGAAAACAAACACUGAGCGCAUGCGCGAAAUCAUGCGAUCAUAUCUGGGAAGCGCUUCGUCGAACUUGACUGAGAAAUCAGUCUCACGGGAAUCGUCAUUAUCGUCAUCUAGAUCGGAACAGGAAUUUGUUCAUCCUCCUAACAAAGAUCGUAUCGAGGCGGGCGGUGAAUUGGGUGGACGGUUUGAAACAAUUGAAACGGUAAGAAGUGACUCAAAGCAGGAUGGGAAGCGAACGCCUCACACGCAUGACAAAAAUGUCAAAUCCCCUGGGCCUCUAGUUAAGAAACCACAGCUGCAGAAAAGGGACUUACGACCGGCGUCGGAGAAGCAUCCUGGUGAUGUGCCAAAGACCGGAAUGUCUCCCACUGGGCGGGUGGUGCGAGUUGACCCGAAACCAGCAUUGAAGUCAACUCCACGUAGGGUGUGGGAAAAUGUGUGACACAACAACAAUACCAAAGUAGAUUAUUUAACACUUGGGUCAACAUCGAUAUAAGAUAGGCAUGCAUAUAUUCUCGAUAUUGACCAAACAUUGGCCACACUAAGGAUAUAAAUCAGCGCAAAAGUCAACACCACGUAGGCGUAGCAUAAUGUAUGACAGAACGAUGUAUUAUGAAAUUACAAUCAUUCUUUAAUAUAAGGUUAAGCAUUACUUAAACGUAUAUUGUGCCAAAUCGAGACAUUACUGAUUAUUGUAAAAAAAAACAUACCCAUUGUUUAAUGAUACUAAGAAAACCCUGGUCAGUAAAAUACCUAACCUUGAUACUUCUUUGUAAAUGUGUCACUUUUCAAAUCAGCACAUGCGUUUACUAGUUCAUUUAGAUUUUUGCAUUCAUAACGAAGUUAAUUUUGAUAUAAAGAUGGAAAAUAUUUGACCCAACAUUUACAAUGUUUAUUUUACACACGCUGAACGUUUUGAAAACUGGAUAAUGUGAUUCAUUUCAGGUCUGCAUUCAAUUCGGUGAAAGAAAUACUAGGGCCCGUUUUAACCAAUGAAUUCUUAGACUUCAAUUUUAAAAUGAUGAAUUUUCUUCUUUGUUUUUUAAACCUUUAAUAUACUAAAAUUACUUGAAUAUCAAGUCUACCAUGACAGGUAACAUCUUUAAUUGUGUUUUUUUUUCGUUAAGAACAAUAUGUUAAUGAUGAAAGCAGCAUUUUAAGCCAGGGCAUUUGCACACUCUGGCGUAUUUUUUAUUGAGUCGAAGACAAUUUUUUUUAAGUCUCAUGGUUUGGUGGUUACGGACUCAGGUGUUAGAUCGUGUCUCGAUUUGGAUAUACUUGGUUGUACUGAAAUGUCCUUUUGAAAAGAACGAACAGUGUAUAUGUUCACACGUAAAUGGUACACAAGUACAUUAGUUAAAAUGAUAUUUAAAAACUCACGAAGAACUAUACUGUUUUGCGUACAUAUACAUAUGAUAUCGUGCUUGUUUAUGUGUUUUUUUAACACUGAAGUUGUUAAAAAUUACAGUCUUAAUUUAUCCAUUACAUGUUUAAAUGGAUUUUUCUUAUUCGAGUAAUAGAUAUUAAAAAUUGACAAAAUUUAAAAAAAGUAGUUUCAGAUUCGCAAGUUUUCGUUUUAGUUAUGAUCUUUGUGAGUAAAUUGUAAUACUGAGCAUUUGCCAUGCUCUAAAAUAUCAAUUAUAUGCACCUUUUGACGAUUUUAAAACCUGAAAUUUAUAAAGCGUUGCAAUGCGAAACGAUUGAAUACUUUAGAAAGUUCUGUUGUUGUCGUUAUAUUUUGUGAAAAUACGAGGAUUUGCUUUUAUAAAGUAAAAAAUACAUCACUCAUUGUAUGAGCACGGGUGGCCGAGUGGUCUGAGUGGAAGACUUUUUACUCCAUGGGUCAGUGGCUCGAGCCCAGUUGAGGGUUACUUUUUUAUAUUUUUUGUAUUGCAUGCUUGUUUUCUUACUAGAUAUGUGUAGGUCUAAUGUUUAAAUUUAUCAAUAUAAAGCAUUUAAUACAAGCAAAGAUCUGUGAAAAUGCCCCUUUAAAAAUUACUUGUAAUGUUGCAUUAUGUUUUGAUAUAUGCACAAUUUUCACUUGUAAUUUGCAUGGAAUUUGAGUUUGUGUAGCGUUAUCACGAUUCCAUUCAUGGAAAUUUUAUACUAAAUUUGCACACGUGUUACUUACAAUUCUAAUGGGUGAUUAAUUAUUUAAUGUAUAAAAACAUGUUUUUUCAUAAUAUAAUUUUUGGCUCUAGAUCUACUUUAUAAGCAGUGCAUAUACCCUUUUAAAUUACCAAGUGAAUUAUCUCAGACAUAAUGCAGCAUUAUUUCUGAAUAAAAUAUUGAAUAAAAUAUUGGUCACUUUAGGCGAUACAUUUUAAUGCAACAUUGAACUCCCCAUAUGUGUCGUGUUCUGAGAAAACUGGGCAUAAUGCGUGUGCGUAAAGUGUCAUCCCAGAUAAGCCUGUGCGGUCCGCACAGGCUAUUCAGGGACGACACUACCGCAUAAACUGGAUUUUCGCUAAGAAGGGACAUCAUUUAAACGAAAAUUCCAUAAAAGCGGAAAUUGUCGUCCCUGAUUAGCCUGUGCGAAGUGCACAGGCUAAUCUGGGAUGACAAUUUACGCACAAGCAUUAGGCCAAAUGUUCUCAGAUCAAUACACAUAUAACGAGGGAGUCAUACAUAUCCUGCGUUAAAAGAGAUUUAUCGCAGGCAAAACAGCUUUUCCCUACUGGGUUAAUGUUGGUGGAGUAAAUACAGGAUCUCCAUUACUUUCAUCAACCCGGCUUAAGUACUUAGUUUUGAUGACAGAGCCAAGAUUAUAGAGUUCAAUUAUAUAUGUUAACAUAACAACCGGACAUUUGGCUUAAAAUCCAUAAAUAACAAGCAUACACUUGUACUCCACCUUAUAUCGUUCUAUACAUGGACUGAAUUGUAACAUACUUGCUUAGGAACUUUUUGAAAUCAUGAAGCAUCCAGAUGAAAGUUUUUAAUUAUUUCCUAUUGCAAUGAUACAUAUUUUCCAACGAAACGCACUGAAGUAUCGGUAAUGUGCAUAUUACACAUUAAGCCGACAUGCACAUACUUGUAAUACGUUACAGCAAACUAACUCGUGUACUUGUUUAGUUGUCGAAUCCAGAUUUACAUGUUCACUUAUUUCUGUAACCAUAGCAACUGCAAAUUUUGUCUGACGGAAAAACUGAAAUAACGGGUAUAUUCCAAUUUUGAUCCACUGUCAACAAACGAAGUUUCAUCAAACUAGCUCAAGUGCGGUUUUAGUUAUCGUAGGAUUCAUAUACGUACAGUAAGACGGACAAACGGCAGGUGUGAGGCUACUAAGAGUCCCCACCGGUUUGACCAAUGAAGGACAAAUAAUCAUAUCGCCUCUCCUAGGAAUUUUUAUUUUUACAUUCCUUCAUUUAAGAUAAAUCGAUUCCCUCCAUAGAAAUUUCGGACGUCAUUAGCAAGAAUGGUUAAGGUGUAUGAUAUCUUAAGCAUGAACGGUUAUGGAGUAUGACGUCAUUAGCAUGACCUGUUAUGGUGUAUGAUGUCAUUAGCAUGAACGGUUAUGGUGUAUAAUGUUAAUAGCAUGAACUGUUAUGGUGUAUGAUGUCAUUAGCAUGAACGGUUCUCUAAUUUUUAACAUUUUGCUUUCACAUACAAUGUCUUUUUCUUAAUACAUUGUUUCAACAUGUUUAAACAACUUUGGUUCCAACCAUACAUAUAAACUUGUUUAAACUCGAAUGAUUA